AUGCAGCCAUGUUCCCAGUGCGCUGAUCUCUCCGAGGCUCAUGGGGAGCCUGCUGCCAGGGGCUCCCCUCCUUGUUUCCACCUUGCUUCUUCUCAUCAGCCUCUCUGGCUCUGCUGGGAGCAGGUCCUCUCAUGUGAACUGGUGGGGGCCCUGUUGUUUUCAGUCUUCCCACAUGAAAGUCCUGCUCUUGAGCUUCACCAGAAUGGGGUCUUGUCCAAAAGGUCACAGUGCACUCUGGUGUGGCGAUGCCCACUCUGCUUCCACAUCCAACUUGUUUUGAACAUGCCAGGUCUUCAAAAACCCUGGCUUCACUUUCUAGUGAGGAAAUCUCACAAGUCCCACAAAUUCCUGCUCUGCAUGAGGCUCAGGAUGCCAACCGCUGCCCAGUGGAAGUUGCUAUGUGACUGCUGCCUGGCUAGACAGGCCCACCAUGUUGCUGUCUCCUUCCCAGCUAGGCCCAGCUCUGGGCUACGCUUAAAAAGGACCCAGCUCAGCCCUCCAGAGACAGUGGAUGGGACUCUACAGCUGCCUGGUUCCCAAAGGCGCAGAGGGCCUGAGUUCUCCUUUGUGCUGCUGCUGAGAGAGAGGGCUAUUGGGGUCACAGCCCUACCGGGCCCUGACAUCAGCGUGAGGCUGUGCCACCAGUGGGUAUUUGAGUGUGAGGAACUGAGCAGUCCCUUCCACAAACAGGAGACUGUGUCUGGAGGUCACACGGUCCAGCUGCCCUAUGAGUUUCUGCUGCCCUGUCUUUGCAUAGAGGCAGCAUACCUGCACCAGGAUAGUGUUCGGAGGAAGCGGUGCCCCUUGAAAGACCAACCUGAAGUCUCACCAAAACAGAGAAAUGAUCUUGGAUCUGGGGUGGAGGCAAGGAGAUCAGGGAGGUGAGCAAACAACUCACAAGGAGACCUUUUGCCCACAGACAGCAUGGACUUCUGGAGAUCAGUGAAGUUCACUGACCACAGCUACCAGGACCAGAUGGCCAUGACCCUAACCCUGCGCUGCCCAGUGAAGCUCAAGGCCUCCCUGUGCCAGAAACAGAGCUGGCACAGUCCCUGUGAAGACCUUCCCAAUGCUACAGUCUCUGAGUCAGAGGGGUGGUACGUUUUGGAAAAGGUUGAUUUGCACCCACAUUUUUGCUUCAAGUUCUCUCUUGGGAAUAGUACCCAUGUUGAAUGCCCCCAUAGGAAUGCCUCCUCCUGGAACGUAAGCAUGAAUGUCCAGUACCAACAACUAGUCCUGCACUUCCACUCAAGGAACCCAGCUGCUUUCAGUGCUGCUUGGUGCCUCCCAGGGAUGGAACAUUACAACCCACAGCUGCCUAUUUACACUGUCAGCCAGCCUAACGGUUCCAGCCCAGUGAAGUCAGAUCUCAUCAUCCCCUUACAGAGCUUCGGGGGCUGUGUUCUGGUGUGGCGGUCAGAUGUCCAGUAUGCUCAGAAGCGCCUUUUGUGUCCCAAUGUCUCUCACAGGCACUUGGGGCUUCUGGCUCUGGGGCUGCUGAUGGGGGCAGCCCUGCUGGUGACCAUCCUGGCUUUGAACUACCAGGGCUUACAGAGGCUACUGACAGGCCCCCAUCGACCCAGGCCCGUACUGCUACUCUACUCUGCAGACUCCGAGGCGCACCGCCGUCUGGUGGGCGCCCUGGCCGAGCUUUUGAGGGUGGCCCUGGAAGGCAGCGGUGAUGUGAUCCUGGACCUGUGGGAGGGGGAGCGAGUGGCCCGUUUGGGGCCCCUUCCUUGGCUGUGCGGGGCCCAAGCCCGCGUGACACAGGAGCGGGGCACGGUGCUGCUGCUCUGGAGUCGGACCAGCAGCUACCUCUACCGCCGCUGGCAGGCCGGGGCCGGGCCCAGGGGUGCCCAGGAUCCCCAGGACCUAUUCGGAGCUGCUCUAAACUGCUGCCUCCAGCCUGGCCCAGGCACCGCGAGAGGGGCGCGACCUCCACUGCUGGCUUUCUUUAGUAAGCUCUGUGCCAAGGGCGACAUUCCCCAGCCUCUGCGCACUCUUCCUCGUUUCUGUCUUCUUGGCGACCUGCCCCAGCUGCUCAGGGUCCUAGGAGCUGAGGACUCUCGAAGAGCCCCGCUUUGGCUUGGGCUGUGGCCCCGGCCCCGGCCCCCGGAACGCAAAGAUUGGCGGCACUAUUUUCGGAACCGUCUGGAGCUGUGCCAAAGACUGGAACAGGAGGCAGCCCAGGUUGAGCUGCCCAGCUCAGGUAGUGGAUGA